AUGUCUUCAGCGGAAGGCAUCGAGAUGCAGCCGACCGGCAAGGACGCAACCAAGAUCAAUACGGCCGAGUCGAAGCAUGGAUCCGAUGUGUACAAUCAGACGAGAACGCGAAGAGUGUUCUCAUUCUCGCAACUGUUUGCCUUCUCCCUGACAUACAUGGCCUUAUGGGAGGGCAUGUGCACGAACAUGUACUUCGCCCUGUAUAACGGAGGCCCACAGACAUUCAUCUUUAGCUUCAUCAUCGUUUUCUUUGGCGCCAUUUCCCAAGCGGCCUCACUCGGUGAAAUGGCUUCUAUCCAGCCGGUUGCUGGGGCCCAGUACCACUGGACCUAUCAUCUGGCGCCAGCGAGAGUGAAGAGGUUUGCAACUUGGAUCCAAGGAUGGUCAACAUGGUUUGGCUACGUUUCACUACUCGCCGGAAUCGCGAAUGUCACCAUCAUCCUGCUGGAAUCUAUGAUCCAACUCAAUCACGAGAACUACGUUCCCGGCGGCUGGCACACAUCAGUGCUCGUCAUUGCCAUGUGCGUGAUGCAGGGGCUGAUGAACACGUACUGCUUCAAGGUCAUCCCCUGGGUCGAGCUUGUCGCUGGUGUUCUCCACGUCUGUUUUGACAGUGCAAUUCACAUGAGUGAAGAGACCCGCAAGGCCAAGUCGGCUGUUCCUCGCGCCAUGUUCUGGUCCAUUUUCAUGAAUGGUUGCUUGGGCUUCAUCAUGGUCUGUGUCAUCUUGGUCGCCAUGGGUUCUGUGGAUGAUGCCCUCAACGCCUCCUCUCCUAUCCUUGCCAUUCUCCUGGCUAUAACUGGCUCAAAAAGUGCUACGACGGCAAUGAUAACAGGUCUUUUCGUCGUAUCCUUCAGCGUUAACCUCGCCAACAUCGCCUCGGUCUCUCGUCUUACGUGGGCAUGGUCAAGAGACGGCGGAAUGCCGGCAUAUCUCGCCUACGUCAACCCGAAGCACCGCGUACCCAUUCGAGCUAUCAUUGUCACCGUUUUCAUUGUCUGCGCUCUAUGCCUCCUCAAUAUUGGCAGCUCUAGCUAUGUUGCAUUUGGAGCUAUCACCUCGCUGUCGUCCAUGGCCCUCUACAUUAGCUAUGCCAUCGCAAUCAGCAGCAUGCUUUACGCUCGCAUGGCCAAGACUGGAGGCGUUGAACUUGGAGAGUGGAACCUCGGCCCAUUUGGUCUAUACAUCAAUGGUUUUGCAUUGAUCUAUACACUCUAUGUCAUAGUAUUUCUGCCAUUCCCAUCAACCAUCCCGGUCACCGCUGAAAACAUGAACUACUGUGGCCCAGUGAUGGUAUUCGUGUUACUGCUAGCAGUUGCUCUUUGGGUUGUCCGCGGGAGAAAGGCAUGGAAUGGUCCCAACCUCACGAUUCUGGACUUGGUCAUAGGUAAUUCUUAA